UGGAGCCCCUCGUUGGUUUUAUUUAUCGUCGGAGAGCUUACCAUUCCGGCUCUCAGAUCGAACGCCGCCGCCAUGUGGAGGAUCGCCACCGCGGCCUCGAGGGGCCUCCUCUCAUCUCGCGGAGCGACGCCUAAUCUCAUGCCUGAUCGCUCUAUUCCAUCCCGCUUCGAGGGCAUCGCUGGCGACUUAGCGACUCUUCGUUUUGCUCGGGGACUCCAGGCCGCAGUAGAUCCAAGGAUCGAUCAUCUUGCUUCUGUGGGUUCCACCUUUUCCUCCGCUGCUUCUUCGCCUGAGAUUGCAGCGGAAGUCGUCGGAUCUUUGGGGCUUGCUUCGUCGUCUAUCGCGCACAAGGCGAGAGAGUUCUCUGAGGGCAUCCGUCACUACGGUCGUUGCUACUGGGAACUAUCCAAAGCUCGUCUUAGCAUGCUAGUGGUUGCAACUUCUGGAGCUGGUUUUGUUCUUGGGAGCAGUAGUUCUAUUGAUCUUGCUGGGCUUUGUUGCACUUGUGCUGGUACUAUGAUGGUUGCAGCAUCUGCUAACUCUCUAAAUCAGGUGUUUGAAAGACAGAAUGAUUCUAAGAUGAAAAGGACAAGGCAGAGACCACUUCCUUCUGGACGUAUAGGUGUUCCUCAUGCUGCUAUGUGGGCAUCAAGUGUUGGGUUAGCUGGCACCAUUUUGUUGGCUUGGAAGGCUAACUAUUUGGCAGCGGGGCUUGCAGCUAGUAAUUUGGUUCUUUAUGCUUUUGUGUAUACUCCAUUGAAACAAAUACACCCCAUUAAUACAUGGGUUGGAGCAGUAGUUGGUGCCAUUCCUCCACUUCUCGGGUGGGCAGCUGCAUCUGGUGAAGUAUCUUUAAAUUCAAUGAUUCUUCCAGCAGCUUUAUAUUAUUGGCAGAUUCCACACUUCAUGGCCCUUGCUUACUUAUGCCGCGAUGACUACAUUACUGGAGGGUUUCGGAUGUUCACUCUUGCUGAUGCUUCUGGUCAAAGAACUGCUUUAGUGUCUUUGAGAAACUGUCUCUAUCUGCUUCCACUAGGAUUUUUGGCAUAUGAUUGGGGCCUUACUUCAAAAUGGUUUGCACUUGAAUCCACACUUGUAACAAUGGGUAUCAGCAUAGGAGCUCUGUUAUUUGUUCGUGAUCGAAGCUCAAAGAAUGCACGAAGAAUGUUUCAUGGAAGUCUCAUUUAUCUCCCUGUUUUCAUGUCUGCUCUGCUACUGCAUAGGCUGCCUAACGAACAAAACGAGAUGACGAUGGCGGAACCAACAAGAAAUGACGAAGUCCUCACCGAAACCGAAAUUGUUGCGUCUGAGGGCAGCAGCAGCAGCUACAAGAAGAGGAAAGGUCGAUCGCAAACAGGUCCGCCAAUUGCCUAUGCUUCUGUUGCUCCGUUCCCCUUUCUACCAGCGCCUAUGUACUUUCCCUCCGAUUCAUGAGUUACAAGCGUUUUGGUAGUUUCAUGGUUCCUUAGAAUUGUAACACUUAUUGUUUAUAGUGUUUUGAUGAGGAAUAAGAUGGUUCUGUUCCACCUUCAAACAACAGUUUCUCAAUCUCGUUUGUAAUAAUUUCUGAAAAAGUUGCCUUUCCCUCUCCCAUCCAAAAGGUUUGAGUGGAUUUAUUUAACAUCAGACAUUGUAUUUUACCAUUUGAUUGUACAUUUUCGAUUAUUUGUUGGAAAAACACGAGUUCAAACUUAA